UGGGAGCGGGUACCUGUCAAAUUCAGGUACCUGCUCCCACUUUCGCUAAGAUCACCUAAGGUGAUCGGAAGAGGAAGUUGUCCCCCCCUCCCUCCCCAGUCUUCACAUGACAGGUCCCAGAAGACUAAGGGACCAUUCACAAAGCGCAGCGCUACUUGCCCAUGCACAGUGGGCACCCAGCUGUGAAGCCACAAGCUGUCACAGCCGGGUGCCCACACUGAAGAUGCCGGGGGAGAGAAGAAGGCUGGUGAAACCAGCCAUGGUGAGGACACCGCUG